GUGUGUGUUUCUUUCUUUGUUUCUUCCCGCUAGUUGCGAUUCAUGCUGUCCUGCGUUCGCAAAGUCCGCAAUGUAUGCAUACGUCCGGUAUAUUUUCGACAAUGCGCGUCUUGUGGUGCCGAUAACCAAUGUCAAGGGGUUUACAAUGCCAAGCGACAUCACGGAUUUCAACGGAAACACCGAUUUUCCCGUGCAUAAAGUGUACUGGUCAGGUGAUGAAAAAACACGUGGUGGAUACUACGACGCUGACGUUAUUUACUUGGCAGAAAAAGAAGAAGACGCUCGAUCUCUCGGUGAACGGAAACGACUACGAUCAUGUGGACGGCGUGACCGCGGAAAGGACUGUCAGCAAGCUUCCCAGAAAAGGCCAGCAAAGGUUGGUGCAAGCCAAAGCAAAAGGGCACGCUUGCAGGUGCGCCGCCAGCAGGAGCUGGAUAUGUUGGAAGACCUUGACAGUGAAGACGAUGAAGUAGUUCCAAAAAGCUUGCUCAAUGAAAGAGAUGAACAUAUUCGCUAUCUUGAAAAAGAGAUAAAUGCGCUAAGGAAGCAAAAUAUGUGCCUGCAGAAAGCUCUCUGCACAAGGGUGCUGGAUGCUGAAACCCGUCUGAUGUCAGAUACGUGCCACAACGCAGCUGUACGUGGAACCGUUCAGGAUAAGCCUGAAGUGGAGGCCAGCUGGCCAGUGCCAGCAAACAGGGAAAGCACACAAAAAGAUCAGACUCAACAUGAGGAUGUCACCCACACAACCAUGGAAGAACCAUGUACUGCAGCAUCUGAGGUUGAAGAGUGCUUCCUUGAUAAUGGUACCCCAUCCUCUGCUACGGCGCAGGUUCCUGAAAAUGGGUCCCAGAGUGAUUUAUAUCCAGAGGAUCCUUUUGUAGGAGUUGGACAAGCUGUCAGUUCGAACACUGGGCCAACCUCUCCGUGUCUCCCGCAAGGAUGUGAUGCUGUUGACCUUGGAGGUGGAAUUAAGAUUCCAAAAGACAAGUGGGACAUCCUUAACAGGCAUGAAGAGGAGAUAAAGUUCGUUAAAGAACUCGCUGUCUCCAUUUGGGGAUCAGAGGUGCUGGCCGAACGAACGUUCAGCGGGACACUUUCCAACAGGGCCAAAGCAGAAGGAAAAACAGCAACAUUCCCUGCGCUAUCCCCUGUGAAAGUUCAGGCUAUGAGGAGUGCCUAUGUGAACUACCUCACAUCCAAGAAGAACUUAACAGAUGCCAACGAAAUCAAAAAGAAGACGUCCAUGAUGAGAGUAUACGUUAGCCAAAAAAUAAGUGACCUUCGCCGAAGGCGCAAGACAUGAAUAGAAAAAAAUAUACUUUUUAUACACAU